UUCAUGUAAUGGUACUCAUGUAUAAACAUUUGACCAAAAAUUGGUUGUAUUUUCUGCAGAUAUGGGUUUUUCAGCCUUGUCAUUAGUUUGGAGACGUUGCCAGUUACGAAUAAUAGUUAUAAUAGUACGAAUAAUUCCGCACAGUCACAACAGCUUAACAAUGUAGCUAGGUAAGCUAACGUUUAAGAACUGAAGAAAUUGGACACCACACUGCUAAGAGAAAUAACAGAGACUGCAGUCAACAAACUGUGAUGGUUAGGGAGAAUGAUGGACAACCUGACAGCAAAUAAGAGUCGCAGAGCCUGUCAGUCGCAGGCGGUCCGGAAUGGCUGGCCAACAACUUUAACUCAAGGACCCUCUCUCAACCUGCUGCCCACCUCUCAGCAUCUCAACCUGGGCUCGUCUUGUGACCAGAGACCCUCCUACGACCACCUGCAGGCGUCCAGCCAGAGCUGUAUGGGUGAUCUCAGCACCUUAUCAUCCAGAAACACUCUUCACUCUGCCCUGUACAAAGGCCCUCACAGUAGCAACAAUCCAUCAUCCAACAUGCUGUUUGCCAACACUGCUAUCCCGUGUGACUCUCACAUGAUUUCCUCAUUUGCUCAGCAAAUCCCUCACACUUCAUCAAUGCUGCUAACUGCAAACCAAGGAAAAAAUAUCCCACCACCAUCUCUCCCCCAAACAAACCAAGCUUCAAAGCCCUGUAGGUCCCAACAUCUACCACUUUUCUCACCCCACGACCCAUACAAAGCUUCAUUUCAACCUCCAUUAACCAAUCAGGGUGUACCAAACGGAGUUCAGGAUCAGCCCAUUAGCCUGCCGUCGUGUGGACCGCAUGAGCAGCGUCAGUGGAUACCUUCAUCACCCUGCAGGGGAACUGUAAACGAGUCUGUCCCUGAUGCAGCUGCUCAUCUUAACAAAGAACCAACGCAAGAAGGGAACACAGCUCCACCGACCAGCAAUGAGAAAUUUCGUUCCGCACUUUUACAUCACCGUGCACAAUUGCGUCAGCAACUGUCUGAGUUGGAUAAACUACUGAAAUCAAUACCUCCAGAUGACAGCAGCGAUGGGCAGUCUCCACACACAGCUAUUGAGAAAACAGAAAAUUCUUCCGCCGAAUCAGAGGAGGACGCUGAUCUUGAUGACUUAGAUCACAGUGAUGAUGACCUCUCUUAUGUCCCACAUGAGAGCUCUUCAGAUGAAUCCAGUCACAGCACUUCCUCAACCGACACAGACAAAAGACCUUCUCUCCCGAGGAAAAAAAGGGCUAAAGCGGGAAGUUCUUUGUCUAAGGCUGAAAGUGUCUGUCCCCCCAAAAAGACAACUAAUCAGAAGAAAUCAUCUGAAACUGUUGUGUCGCCAUGUUCAAAUUCUAAAGCGCAGCGUGUUUAUGACAGGAGGAAUUAUUGUGUGUUUUGCUCUAAGCCAAUGUCCAAAAUGGCACGGCAUCUUGAGAGGAUCCACAGUGACAAAGCAGAGGUUGCAGCUGCCUUUCAGUAUCCCAAAAAUUCCAAAGAAAGACAAAAGAUAUGGAACAGACUAACAAAUCAAGGAAACUUUGCCCAUAAUAAAAAUGUCUUGAAAACAGGGAAAGGCCAACUUGCUGCCCGGCAACGGCCGAGGCAAACUGGAAAAGCCCAAGACUUUCUUCAUUGUCUUUACUGUCGAGGUCUUUAUUUGAGGAAAGCUUUGCACAGACACAUGAGGUUGUGUCCAGAGAAAGUGAAGAAUGAAAAUGAAUCACAGAUCGGAAGAAAGCGUAUCGCAUUGCGGUGUUUUCUUGAAGCUUCAGAAGACCUUGGCAUAACUGAUGGUUUUAAGAGCGUUUUGUCCCAGAUGACAUACGAUCAUGUGGCUGAAGCUAUCAUGGAUGACAAGGUCAUCUUGCAGUUUGGCGAGCUCCUGUUUAAACAGCACGGAUCAGAUGUGAAGAGGCAUGAACAUAUAAGGCAGAACCUUCGUCAGUUAGCAAGGCUUGUACUCGAAGCUCAAAAGAUAACUCCUCUGAAGAAACUGGAGGACUUCUUUCUCCCCUCAAGCUUUCCACAUGUGGUGUCUGCGGUGAACGUCCUGGCAGGCUACGAUCCGGAAAAAAAAUCGUACAGCAUUCCUUCACUCGCCAUCAAGCUGGGCUACCACCUACAGAAGGCCUGUAGUAUCGUUGAGGGUAACGCAGUGGAGUGUGGUGAUGAAAGUCUGGCAGAGUCUGCACGAAAGUUCCUCUCUGUGUACCAGAAAAAAUGGAACAAACUCAUUUCUGCAGGUGCAUUAACAACACUCAGAGUAACAAAACUGAACACCGCAAAGAAGGUGCCGUUAGCUCAAGAUGUAAAGCGCCUGAACUUCCACAUGGAGAAUGUUCAUGUUGUUGCUGAGAAAAAGCUCAGAGAGAGCCCUUCUGCAGAAAACUAUGCUGCUCUGGCCAAGGUAAUACUGGCUCGAACAAUACUUUUCAACAGGAGAAGAGCCGGAGAGGUAUCAUCAGUGCAACUAACAGCUUUUAUGUCACGGAAAACGUCGAACCUGCACGCUGGCAUGGACAUAAGCAUGUCAGAUUUGGAAAGAACCAUGUGUGGAUUCUUCACCAGAGUAGAUAUACGAGGAAAGUGCGGCAGAAUGGUCCCGGUUUUACUAAAACCAUCAUUCGUUUCUGCUAUGGAGCUUCUUUUGAAGGUUCGUGAGACCUGUGGAGUCCCCAGUAAAAAUCCCUUCCUGUUUGGCCGGCCAAAUGCACUGUCUGCCUACAGCGGGUCAGAGUGCAUCCAAAAAUAUGUGAAAGCAUGCGGAGCUCAAGACCCUGAAACCCUGACAUCGACAAAAUCCGGAAGCAUUACGCAACAAUGCUACAGAUGAUGAACCUGGAUGAAAACGAGGCCAACCAAAUUUUAGGCCCCAAUAAUCAAGUCCAAACCCUGCGACAUGACAGCAGCAUGGAGCUGGAUGACGUCAAAAUGGACUGUUACGAGAGAUUCCAAUCUGCAAGAGAACAACAAGCUGCAUCAUGGGAUCACAAUGGAUCAGCAGAGUUUUAUCCUGAACAAGCACAUGGAGCAACAACAGACACCAACAUAGCUGCAACUCCAAAACCUGUCAACUGGGGCAACAAAGGCUCCCAAAAUAAUGGUAAACAUAAAUGGGAGGAAGCAGAGGUCCUCGCUGUUGAAAGACAAAUGAUGCGUUUAAUUCAAGGACACAAGGUGCCUCAGAAAAACGACUGCAUUCAGUGUCUCGAGGCUGAGCCAGAAGCGCUGAGGAACCGUUCAUGGAAAGGUGUAAAGGACUACGUCAGAAACAGGAUCACUGCCCUGAAAAGACAAAGUGGAGCUUCUCGGGCUACGUCCACAAACAGUAACUUGCCCGGGCAAGUGGAACCGCAGCAGAGUACCGGACAGUUCUGAAUGAAUCUGUUUGUGCAAUUUUGCCCUCCCACCUUUUUUGUCCUUCACCACUUAACCACCCUCUGUUCCUCUUUGUCUUUCAUACAGUCAUCUCUUUUGCAACGUUGUGAGAGUUUCUAUCCAUUAGGAUGAAAUAUAGAUUGAUAUUUCAUCUUUUCUGUUUUUAUGGUUCAUGGUGGCGCAUUUAGACGCAGAGGCCAGUAGCGCCUUCAAACUUUACUGCACUUUUGUUUUUUAUCAGUUUUUUUCCAGCUUUAUUGCCAAAACACGUAUGACCUAUGAUUGGAAUACAGUCAUUGGAAAAGGAAGCCAGGCUUUUGGAUUAAAGAGCAGCGGACUUUAGAUGAUCCACCCAGCCCGAUCAACCAGACCAAUCACCACAGCAGGUGCAAUAAUCGCCCAGAGUAGAGGAAAGAGAGCCUGGAUAAGCCUUAAGGACUUAAGGUUGCUCGUAAAGGUCUGGUCUGGACAAAACGGGACUCAGGUCGGCAAAUCAACGAUAAUCAGAGACUUCAUCCCAAAGCACUCAGCGUGCAGACCGUGUUCUGAGCUGACAGACCACAAGACUGGCAAGAUGAGAGGAGGCGGUUUUACAUUGAUGAUUCUUGGUGCUCAAAUUAAGUCAAAAUGGACACUGUUUCCCAAAUGUCAGACUUCUUUAUGUGAAGAUAAAAAACAUACUAUGAUCACUAUCUUGUUGUUGCUGUUUACAAAUUCAAAAAAUGCACUGCAAAAUGUUCAGGGUGUAUAUGUGUAUGUAUAUAAGUGUAUAAAUAACUUUAUACUGUUUUAUUUUAUGUUACCAUACUUUAAUACACGUUAAGUUCUGUAUGUGUAGCAUGAAGGGACUAUAAACCUUCUUUUUGUUAUACGAUGAUAAUACGAUGAUAAAUAAACAACCUUGAUUACAGGA